GGUUGGUUUUAUGUUGGACGACGUGUUGCGUGCUCAGUUGAAAAUCGUUGACGCUGAUCGUAAAACGUCUCCGUCUCACCGUCGCAUGUACAGAAAAAAAGCGAAAUCGAAAUAAUUUGUGUGUGUUUUUCGUUCGUAAAAUUGUCGUUGUUGUCUUUCAAUUUCACAUCAAUGUGCAAUUGCAUCAGCUAAAUAUAUACGUAUUGGAAACAAAGAGUAAACGACAGUGUAAAUAAAAUAAAAAUUAAACUAUAUAAAAUAGAAGAAAAGAACGCCACGUUCUCGUGUUCUACAAAUACGCGUACACAUGCACAAAGAGCUCACAACAUACUUAUAAUUAGUUAGUUGCCUUCUGAUAUUUCGACAAUUCGCCUUAGCAACAGUUCAGUAGCCGAAGUUUUCAGAUCGUAAAACAUAUAAGCACAUUUUAAUUUUAAAUAUAUAAAUAAAUCAUAUUUUUGAAAGCGGGUCAACAAAAGAAACCAGUCAAAUCCCCAGUGUGGUUCCAAUGUAGCCCUUCAUGGAUAAUUAACACGAGCCCGUUGUGUGACUAUAAAGCCGUUUCGUGUUAAACCAAAAAAACAGUGCCUCAAAUUAGCAAAGUACAACUAAUUAUUGUUAAAAGUAAAUUACGAUCAGUAAAAACAAAUAUCAUACAAAUUUCACUCAACCUUACGUGAGUCACCAACAAUACAAAUUUUCCGUUCUUCAAAUGGGUUGACUUGUGACAUUUAAGCUUCCUGGACCCGGGAAACAAAAGGGAUAUAAUUAUAUUGAACCUAUGUAAAUUAAACCCAUUUGCAAAAGACACACAGCUCAGCUGCUACUGGACCUAGCAGCUCAUUACUUGCAUUACCCAAAACCACAAUAGCAACCACUUAACAAUUCGACAGAAGUAAAAAUUAUUUAAAAAAUUGCAUCGAAUUUCAAUUGAGAACCGUUUGGAAUACUGCCCAAGAGCAGAGACACAUCCACCGAUGAACCAAACGGCCGUUUCGCCUGACAGCGCGGCCACUGUGAUUCACAACAUCAUCAGCAGCAGGAGCAGCAGGAGCAGCAACCAGAUCCAGCAUCCUGGCCUAAUUGACAUCAAACUGGGACACUCCUACGCCGCCAGAGCCGAUCUCAAUUAUUGCGAGUGAAGCGUAACAGCCAAAAGACAGAUACCUCGAAAAAUCCCUGAAAAAAAGCAAGAAGAAAAGAGGAAAACUUGAUUAUUUUGUGAUUAUCGUGUACGAAAGCAGCUUCAAGACGGACGGAACCAUGCUAAAAGUCGUUGGCGCAUCAUGGCAAAAAACGCGGAUAGGGACGUACAUAUUGAUCGGAGCCGGUUUGCUGGUGAUCGGUGCGUUCUUUGUCGGUUACAUGGAUCGUCCAGAAUAUGAUGGCACCUAUUGUGCCACCGCAUAUUGGACCAAGAAGGUUGGCUUUCAGAUUGAGAAUUGGAAACAGCAAAAUGAUUUGGUUAACAUUCCCAAGGGUGUGGCUAGAAUAUGCUACAAGGAUUCUGUCUAUGAGAACGGUUGGGCACAAAUUGAGGUGGAAACGCAGCGCAGUUAUCCAGACUGGGUGCAGGCUUAUGCUGCUGGCAAAUUAGAAGGUACCCUGACCUGGAAGAACAUCUACAAUCAGUGGGCCAACACUAUAUCAUCCUCCUGCGAGCGGGAUGAAAGCUCGCAGAAGUUUUGCGAUUGGCUGCGAGAGCUCUUGACCAGGAACUAUGAGCAUCUGAAGGAGCAGGCGGAGGCCAAUGCCGAGCACGAUCAUUAUUGGCAUCAAUUGUAUUUGGUGUUCAUGCAGUUGGAGGGCAUGCAGUCGGGUUACGAACGAGGGGCAGAACGUGCUCGCUCGGACCUGGAGGAGGAGAUUCCAUUGUCGGAUUUUCUGUUGAUGAAUGCGGCAGCUGAUAUCCAGGAUCUCAAGAUCUACUAUGAGAACUAUGUGCUGCCAAAUGGCACUGCCGAAGCGGGCAAUAAGAAUUUCUUCUUGCCGAGCGCCUCGAUGCUGACGAGGAUCAUGCGACAGGAGCAAUCACCACAGUCGUUGCAGUUGCUCUUUGGCCACAGCACCGCCGGCAGCUAUUCGUCCAUGUUGCGCAUUCAGAAGCGCUACAAGUUCCACUAUCACUUUUCGCCGGAUACGCGCAGCAACACGGUGCCCGGAGUGGACAUAACCUUCACGGGGUACCCGGGAAUUCUCGGCUCAACUGAUGACUUCUAUGUGGUCAAAGGAAGGCAGGUGCAGUCCAUUGUCGGUGGCGUCUGCAUGAAGAACGAGAAUCUGGCGCUGUGGAAGGAUGUGAAUGUGGAGAAUAUGGUGCCACUUGUGGCCCGUGUCAUGGCCGCCAAUCGGAUUGCUCAGAAUCGACGCACCUGGGCACGUGCCAUGUCCCGUCAUCCGAUGACCGGUGCCAAGCAAUGGAUCAGCGUCGAUCUGCAUAAGCUGGGAGCACAGGAUAAUCUCUACAACACACUGGACGCCGAUGAGAAGCAUGACGAUGCUCCAGUGGCGGUGAAUGAGAAGGAUAAUGCUGCGAUCAGUCAACGUCACGAUCAGCUGAAGAACAUGGUCUGGAUAGCGGAACAGCUGCCGGGAAUCAUGCACAGCAAGGAUGUCACCGAGAACUUCCUCGUAGCCGGUAACUCCAGCUGGCUGGCUAAUGGUUUGCCCUAUUUCGAUAAGAUUCAGAAUGCCAGUGGCAUCUCCCGUGACAACUACAGCGAGAAUCAGAAUCUGACACCCGCCGACGAAGCGGAACUGACCAAUCUGGAGGCGGUGGACAAGUAUCUGCGCAAGCACGGCUUUCGCGGCGAUCUGCUGGGCGAGGAGUCCAUUGCCUAUGGCAACAUUGACCUCAAGCUCUUCUCCUACAACGCUCGCCUGGGCAUGAGUGAUUAUCACGCCUUUGCCGGACCAAUCUUCCUCAGAUUGCAGCAUGCUCAGGCCAGAGCGCUCGAAGAGAGCGAGGUACAGGCGGAUCAGGCAGCGCCCGCUGCUAUUGGCGAUGAGCGUCUCAGUGUGACCAUAGAUGAUGCAGCUGCUCUGGCCGAGAUGGAGCUGAUCUCAGAGCGCCGUUCGGUGAGGAAUGAUAUGCGCGCCAUAGCCAUGAGAAAGGUUGGCAGUGGUCCCUUCAAAUGGUCCGACAUGAACAGCGUGGAUGAUGGCAAUCAUGAGGGACAUCCUGAUGAGUGGAACUUUGACAAGGUAUCGCCCAAGUGGGCGUGGUAAUCCUCCACCAGUUGCCUUUAUAUCUAAACAGUUCUCUGGAAUUUUUAUACAGAUCACAAUAGUCUCAUAUUCCAAUCGAAUUUUAAACUCGACAACAAAACUGCGAAGCAAUAAUUGUCCUAGAUUCGUUAUUUUAGAUUCGUCAUCUGUGUGUUCCUAGCUGAUAAAUUGUGGUUUGUAGAAAUCAAUUGUGUUGCGUCCAUAGUCAUAAAUUUUAGUUGUGCCAGUCUAUUAAUGUCAA